AUGUUGUAUCCAGUUGAGUUUCUGAAUUCACUUGAGUUUCCUGGAAUUCCCAAACACGAGCUGAAGCUGAAAGUUGGAAUCCCUAUAAUGUUAUUGAGAAACCUUAAUCAAACUGCAGGUUUAUGUAAUGGAACACGAUUGAUUGUCACCCAGCUUGCUGAUUGGGUUAUUGAGGCAAAGAUUAUAACUAGGACAAAUAUUGGCUCUAAACUGUGCGGUAUAACAAUGUCCAAAGGAUACAGCUUUCUUGAUCAAAUAUCUUAUGCUAAGGAGACAUGGAGAAUUAGAGUGAGAAUAUGCAGAAUUUGGAAAGCGGUGAAUAAGAGAAGUGGAAAUAACUUCAUCAGUCUUGACAUGAUCUUUAUCGAUGAAAAGAUUAUCAUACUUGACAACAAUAAGAUGUUUGAAUCUUUCAACUAUUCAUUGUAUUUGUAA